AUGCUGUGUCAACUUCCACAAGAAAUAUUGGACAUGAUAAUUGGGUUUAUUCCCUCAAAGGAGGACCGCCGAUCAAUCAAUUUGGUAUCGAAGGAUAUACAUUAUGCCACUACCCACCACCUCUACCAUACCCUGACAUUUUCCGCACGCGAUGAAAUGCUUUUGAAUGUCUUGGACACUAAGAGAUUUGUCAAGGUCCGGACAGAUUUGGAUCAUCUCAAGCAUGUGAGAAGCUUAGCGUUCACUGCGCCCUUUAGAAUCGCUCGUAGUCAUCGAUGCUCAUACCGAACUGUUUAUUUAUAUGAAUCACACUUGAGAGGAAGUCAGGAAAAUGACCCCAGGAUGUUUCACGGAGACUUUCUUUGUGACAUGCUGAGCCAGAUCCGCAUCAUUUUUGACCAGCUGGAGAUUGGAUCUUUGAGAUCGUUUCAAUGGCAUAUGGGAACCUGUUUACCAGCGCAUAUUCUGGAUGAGGAUGGAUACCUCACCAUUUGCCAGCAGAACAUACAACUAUUAUCACUACGUGUCGAUGCUUCCUGCCCACAUGCUGGCCUCCGGCUAGGUGGCCUAGUGGCGAUGUCGAAUCUUCGUUCUUUCACGCUAGAGUCUAUAAGUACAUUCGAAGAAUUGUCACUUGUCCGGAAAUGUAUAGAACGAAAUGCUGGUAAUCUGCGCGUUCUAGACCUCGUAUUCACGCCCCGUUUCACAUUAGUGGGAUCCACAAGGCAUCUCAUGAGUGCGCUUGGAACUCUGUCGCGUCUUCAUACACUCUCAUUAACCCGGUUCCCCUUCGAAAAGAACGCAGAGAACCAUUUAUGUUUAUUUCUAGUUCAACUACAUUCGUUAACCCUCCGAGACUGUCCUCGUCAGAUGGAGAUGCUAGAGGAGUUGUCACGAUUUCGGAUCUCCACCCAACUCAGAUAUUUUGAGAUAUCUUUAGAUGAAUUGUGGGACUCUGCUUUAGCCCAUACUCUGGAUACUUUCCUGGAAUCUUUCAAUACUCUUGAGCAUCUUCACAUUUUGGCAUCCAAUUCCCUGACACCAGAAAAUCACCUUAACCCGAUUCAGCACCAUCCCUUGCUGAGUUGUUUCGUGUAUCAUACACGGAGACUUUUUUCUUUUCAGCGGAGCCCGACAGAGGAAACCCAAGAUUUCCCCGUCAGUCUCUUUCAUACUCUCCGCACUACCUUGUGCAAAAGCUCCAUCCAAAAUCUAGGACUUUGUGUGUCUCCAUUGGCUGCGAGAUGCAUAUUGGACCCAAUCGUAUCCCACCUUCAAAUUGAGGUUCUCCACUUACGAUUAAGCGGCUAUGACCAUCCGCUUUGUGACUUCGAGCAGAGAGUAUCGUCACGGAUUAUCUCGAAGGCAGGUACACAUGAUAUGGAUGAUUGGAUAUUAUCCGACAGUGAACAUUCAGAGGGAGAUUGGUCACCUAAUCUUCACAAUGAGGUCAGUCCUGCAUAUCACCACCACUGUUCCGCAACAGAUCUUGUUACUUUUGCCGACUGGGCUUUUGGACCAUAUGGCAUAAAAACUCUGAAAGUCCUAGCAUAUGGAGAUUUCACCUGUGGGGACCGAUGUUCCCAACAACAGGUUCUUCUGGUCCAAGAUUCGUAUUCCCAAUUUGCAACCACCCCGUACCGAAUAUCGUCUAUCCGAGACGACGAAGUUCCAGAUAGCGUCCUGAAAACAAUUGCUGCAUGCCCGUUGGAGGACCUCAUGGAUGCUGAUAAUGAAUUCUGGCACCUCUGA